AUAGCCUCUCCAUCCCCUGCGUCUCCUCCCCCAUGGACACAGUCACCGAGUCCCACAUGGCAGUCUCCAUGGCCGCCCUCGGCGGCAUCGUCAUCCUCCACUCCAACGCCGCCUCCUCCGACCAGGCCGCCAUGGUCAGAUCCGUCAAGGCCCGCCGCGUCCCCCUCCUCUCCGCCCCCGUCUUCAUGUCCCGCGGAGACCGCAUCCACAACAACGACGUUUUCGACCACGGCGCCAAUCCCUACGUCCUCAUCACCGAGUCCGGCGCCCCCAGCUCCAAGCUUUUGGGCUACAUGGCGAGCCGUGAUUGGGUGAAGCUGGCGAACAAGGAGGUCAAGAUUUACGAUUACAUGGUUAGCUGUAAGGACAUGGUUUUGCCUUGGAGCUCCGAUUUGGGGAAGAUUGAGGAGUUCAUGGCGGAUAAAGGCCGGGACGUGGCGGCGACGGUGAGGGACGACGAGGUUGUCGACGUUGUGGGGAAGGAGGACGUGGAGUCCAUCAAUGAGGGCUUCUUCAAUCUUUGGAUUUUGUGAAUCAGUGUUUGUGGUUGUUCAUCUUGGCACUGCGUUUUGGUAAUGCUUGUUGCUUUUAGGCAUUCGUCUUGGCUGCUCAUCAUCUCA